UCAAAAUCAAUAAGUCCGUUACGAUUGAAGAAUCGUCGUCUUCUUCUCUCCACACUAUCUUGAAAUUGCUUAUUUUUUACAAAACCCUAGAAAGAAAUAAAGAGAGAGUUAGAGAGCGAUAAUCCCAAGAAAAUUGAAAAAAUGGUGAAGAUCAAAUCGAAUUUGAAGCAGCUUAAGCUCCUCUCCGUUCCAGCUCAAGAAACCCCAAUCUCUUCCUUCUUGACUGCGAGUGGAACGUUUCAUGAUGGAGAUUUUCUUCUGAAUCAAAAGGGGCUUAGGUUGACGUCAGAUGAGAAGCAAUCAAGGCCAUCUGAUAGCAAAGAGCUUGAUUUCGAAAUCACUGCUGAAGACUUAGAGACUGUGAAAGUCAUCGGAAAAGGCAGUGGUGGAGUUGUUCAACUAGUUCGACAUAAAUGGGUUGGCAAAUUCUUUGCUAUGAAGGUCAUACAGAUGAAUAUACAAGAAGAAAUCCGGAAGCAAAUUGUCCAGGAGCUCAAAAUUAACCAAGCAUCAUCACAAUGUCCACAUGUAGUUGUUUGCUACCACUCUUUCUAUCACAAUGGGGCCUUUUCACUUGUCCUCGAAUAUAUGGAUCGGGGAUCUCUUGCGGAUGUGAUACGACAAGUGAAGACUAUUCUUGAACCUUACCUUGCUGUUGUCUGUAAACAGGUUUUGCAAGGCCUUGUGUACCUCCACAACGAAAGACAUGUCAUACACAGAGACAUUAAACCAUCAAACCUUCUUGUCAACCAUAAAGGGGAAGUGAAAAUCUCAGAUUUUGGUGUAAGUGCAAGUCUUGCUAGCUCCAUGGGACAGAGGGACACAUUUGUUGGAACCUACAACUAUAUGUCGCCUGAGAGGAUCAGUGGAAGCACAUAUGACUACAGCAGUGACAUUUGGAGUUUGGGCAUGUCAGUGUUAGAAUGCGCAAUAGGAAGAUUCCCUUACUUAGAAUCUGAAGAUCAGCAAAACCCGCCAAGCUUUUAUGAGCUCUUGGCAGCAAUCGUAGAGAAUCCACCACCAACUGCUCCUUCUGAUCAAUUCUCACCUGAAUUCUGCUCCUUUGUAUCAGCCUGCAUACAAAAAGAUCCUCCAGCAAGAGCAUCAUCUUUGGACCUCUUGAGUCAUCCAUUCAUAAAAAAGUUUGAGGACAAGGAUAUUGAUCUCGGGAUACUUGUUGGUAGUCUGGAACCACCUGUUAACUAUCUUAGAUAAGUAAUUCCUCUUUUUUUCUGCAUUUGCAUUUGGUAUAUGAUAUGCUAUGAUAAGAUACAUGAUAUUGUGUAAUGUGUCUCUAAAAGAUUAUUACUUGAGGAUGAAAGUUGAAUGAGAUUUUAUUAUUCAUUGUGUUCUUUCUUUAAUA